GGCACAUAGAAAUAGAAAGAGAAGAAGAUUGCUCAAUUCCCUAGCCAUCUCAUACACACUUCAAAUUAACACAAAAGUUUGUCCUUAUUGAUGUUGCUAAGCUAUACUUAUAGAGUUGAAGCUAGCAAACUUAACCAUGGAAGAACGGUAUGAGAUCAUCAAAGAUAUUGGGUCAGGAAACUUUGGUGUGGCAAAACUGGUAAGGGAGAAAUGGAGUGGUGAGUUAUAUGCUGUCAAGUUCAUCGAGAGAGGCUUCAAGAUUGAUGAGCACGUGCAAAGGGAGAUCAUAAAUCAUAGGUCCUUGAAGCAUCCCAACAUCGUUAGAUUUAAAGAGGUGUUAAUUACUCCAACUCAUUUAGCAAUUGUGAUGGAAUAUGCUGCAGGGGGAGAACUAUUUGAAAGAAUAUGCAGUGCUGGUAGAUUCAGUGAGGACGAGGCAAGAUAUUUCUUCCAGCAAUUGAUUUCUGGUGUCAGCUAUUGCCAUUCAAUGGAAAUUUGCCAUAGAGAUCUUAAGUUGGAAAACACACUUUUAGAUGGAAGCUCAGCACCCAGGCUCAAAAUCUGUGACUUUGGUUACUCAAAGUCAUCUGUUCUGCACUCUCAGCCAAAAUCUACAGUAGGAACCCCUGCAUAUAUUGCACCUGAGGUCCUAUCAAGAAGAGAAUAUGAUGGCAAGGUAGCAGAUGUUUGGUCUUGUGGGGUGACUUUAUAUGUGAUGCUGGUUGGCGCUUAUCCUUUUGAAGAUCCAGAAGAACCAAGAAACUUCAGAAAGACACUUCAGCGUAUUCUUAGUGUCCACUAUUCUAUUCCAGACUAUGUUCGCAUCACUCAAGAAUGCAGACAUCUCUUAUCUCGAAUAUUUGUAGCCAACCCUGAGAAGAGAAUCACAAUACCAGAGAUUAAGAUGCACCCUUGGUUCCUAAAGAACUUGCCAAUAGAAUUUAUGGAGGAGGGUGUAGGUGGGUUGCAAAAUGAUGAUGUUAAUGAUGAUUCAUGUCAGAUGAUUGAAGAAAUAUUGUCCAUAAUUCAAGAGGCCCGGAAGCCAGGUGAGGGCCCAAAAGUUGGUGGGCAGUUUGUUGGUGGAAGCAUGGAUCUUGAUGAUAUGGAUGCAGAUGAUGCUGACAUCGAUGACAUUGAUACAAGCGGUGAUUUUGUCUGUGCAUUGUGAUUGUGUGUAUCACACUUUGUGAAUGCUGACCAAUUCCCUCAAAAGCAGUUUAAGAUAAGAUAUUCCUCUUUACCUUUAAUAGGGGAAUCAAACAAAAGCUCUCUUCAUGGGUUUUGAUUGGAAUACUUGUCUUCUUCUAGUGACUAGUAUCGGUUUUAGGGUGGGAAAUUUCAUAAACACUUUGAUAAAGAAGCUGCAAAGUGUAACUUGUGAAGUUAUUGUGUUGUGCUUUGCAUUAUGCCUAACCACCAAUCCAGACAUGUUAUUCAUCUAUGCUUGAAUGGGAAUAUGGGGAUGUUACUGAUUUCUUGCUAUGCUUUUUCUUCUUGUAUGUGUGUAAAGUUUCUGUUUUGCACGAUCUCCACUUUUCUGGUUUUAAUGAAAAAUAUUUGUGA